UGCCCAGGCAGAGAAAGAGAGAGAGAGAGAGAGAGAGAGAGAGAGAGAGAGACAUAUAAUAUAAUAAUAAGAGAACGCGCGGUUUAUGUAUUUCGACACGAGUCAAAUAAUUCUAAAUAGCGUUCCAAGGUGCGACGACGAUGUUUCAUUUCUGAGCUGGUUCGACAAUUAGAUGAAUUACAUUAGGGGAAUUAAAGCAAAUUAUAUAGUUAUAAUCAAGUUCAAAUCGCAUCAUCAGUUUAAAACCAGCAGAUAAGUUCUCACGAUAUUUAUUUUUCGAUUCGAAUUGAAUUUAAUUGAAUUGAAUAUCCGUUUUAUUUGACAAAAUAUAAAAUUGUACAAAAAGGAUUCGAAUCGCCUGUCUGAGAACCAAUCAGUUCGCGAGAUUGGCGAUCGACUCGAAGCUCCGUUCAGUUUGCAUAGCGUAAUAAAAGAAACAACCUGCAACCGCAACAUUUUUCUGUGUGUUAUCAGCAGCAGGUGCAUGUAUAUACAUGCACACAGUAUGUACUGUAAACAACUGAAAGGAAAACGUUUGAAAACGUUUUAGUCGCGGGAUCGGGAAUAACAGAUUUCUAUUCGUUUCGUCCGUAUAACGUGUAUCGUAAGCGCGGGGGUUAAAACGUAGAGACAGCUGUAAACGCAUACGUGCACGUCAUCUAUAUACGCGUUACGCGUAAUUUCACAGGUUUCUCUCGUCUCUUGUAUCAAAGAUCCCGCAAUUACGUCUAACCACAUACAUCGUGCCUAUCUACUACACACGUAUUAAGGAGAAGUGAUCGUUUAUAUUCAGGGGCAAAGCUUCUCGGAUAAUACCGUCAUCGUCGUCGUCGUCGUCGUCGUCGUCGUCGUCGCCGUCGCCGUCGCCAUUAUCAUCAUCAUCAUCAUCAUUAUCAUCUUCGUUGUCGUCAUCGUCGUCCUUGUAUCAUUAUGGAGACCGACAGGCGAUCAGAUCUGUAUGAAGAAUGGAAAAGACGGGCAUUUCUUGGCCCGCUCCCUCAGGGAUUUCUUCAGCUGGGCGCAGCGGCAGCAGCAGCUGCAGCAGCAGCGGCAGCUGACCGAAAUGCUCAGCAACAGCAAGAAGCAGCGGAUCAACAAGCUGCGCUCGCACUGCAUCAGCUUCAAAUGCAGAAUAUGCCUGCGAUGCAUGAACGUUACGUUGGUAGACUCAGCAUAACGAUCGUUCAGGCUAAAUUAGUGAAGAACUAUGGAAUGACGAGGAUGGAUCCGUACGUAAGACUAAGAGUAGGCCAUGCCGUCUAUGAAACGCACACGUGUUCGAACGGAGCGAAAAAUCCACAUUGGAACAAAGUGAUCGCAUGCUAUUUGCCACCUGGAGUAUCACAGAUAUACGUAGAAAUUUAUGACGAAUGUUCCUUUGUUAUGGACGAAUUAAUUGCAUGGGGUCACAUAGAUAUUCCAUCGCAGGUCCUUCAGAAAGGAGAGACGCACGAGGAUUGGUAUAUGCUCAGUGGAAAACAAGGAGACAAUCAAGAGGGAAUGAUAAAUCUAGUUUUUAGCUUUCUGCCCAAGUGCCAUCCGUACGCGGGUGCAACACCUCCACUUAUGAUGGUUCCUUCGGCGACGAUGUUCGGCAUGACCCGUCCGUACGCACCCAUCAACGUCUACACGGCGCCACCCGGUGUAGCCGCAGUGCCACCCGUUGUCCCCAGUUGUAUGCCAAACGCCGAGGUUGAAUUGAAACAGAUAUCCGAGAUGUUCCCGAACGUGGACAAGGAAGUAAUUAAAUCCGUUUACGACGCGAACAACGGGAAAAAGGAUGUAACCAUAAAUUCGUUACUUCAAAUGUGCGAAUAGAGGCACAAGGGGAGAGGAGACGAUCGAAACUGAUUUUCAAUUCCAAAGGCCAUAUUUGUAUUUCGUCCUGUUGUAUUCCUAUGCUGUAUUCUCUUUAAACUGUAAUAUAUAUAUAUAUAUAUAUAUA